UACCCCCCCCCAAAAGAAAGUAAGAACUGUAAAGGACCUCCCACCUUUUAAUUUGGCAUCUCCGGCAAGAGUCAAUGCUGAGCCUGACAUCUCCUCUCAGCUGCCAAUAGAACUUGACCUUUUCACCAGAGUGUUUCUUAUUGUCACCAUUAUGACUGAGAUUACCGCAGAAGGUCCUGUAUCCACCACUACAGUGAUAGACAGCAAGAAUGGAGCUGUCCCCAUGCCACACAUGAAAGUGUCCAAAAAGUCAGUUUCAGAAGACUUUGUGACAACAUUCAGCUCGCCAGCAGCAUGGCUACUUGUUGUUGCACUGAUUGUUACCUGGUCAGCUGUGGCUAUUGUCAUGUUCGAUUUGGUGGAUUACAAAACCUUGGCAGGGAUACAUCAACUUGAUAUUGACAAAGAUGUGGGGAAAGCAGAGAUCCCUAGAGGACGUUCUGUGAAUAAACUUACUACUGACCCACUGAGAAUCAUACAUGGCGCCGUGGAAGAGACCACUGAUUGGGUUUAUGGCUACCUUUCAUUGCUAUCGGACCUCAUAUUUGAAGAUGAAGAAGAAAGUGAAAAAGGUGAAGUGGAACCUUCCUUGAAAAUAAAAGAAGAAAUGCAACCAUCAGUCAAAAAGAAAGAGUUCCAGAUAGACAAGACUGAGAAACAUGAGAAAAUUGAAAAAAAGCCUCCACCAAAAGAAAUUCAGAAAGAAAAACUCGAGAAACCUGAGAAAGCUGAGAAACCUGAAAAACGGGAAAAACCUGAAAAACUCGAGAAACCUGAAAAACAGGAGAAACCUGAAAAAAGGGAAAAACCUGAGAAACCUAAAAAACUUGAAAAACCUGAAAAACGGGAGAAACCUGAAAAACGGGAGAAACCUGAAAAACGGGAGAAACCUGAAAAACGGGAGAAACCUGAAAAAUGGGAGAAACCUGAGAAACAUGAAAAACAGGAGAAACCUGAGAAACAUGAAAAAUGGGAGAAACAUGAAAAACUGGAGAAACCUGAGAAACAUGAAAAACAGGAGAAACCUGAGAAACUAGAAAAACCUGUUAAAAAGGACAUACCUAAAGUGCACAAAGAAAAGCUGGAAAGAGCUGAAAAACCCGAAAAAAGAGAAAAGCCUGAAAAGAGAGGGAAACCUGAACUGGAAAAGAAAGAAAAAGCCAUAGACAAGAAGAGCGUCAAAGUCGAAGAGAAGGCUAAAAAGGAUGUGAAAGAAGGAAAGCCAGAACCCAAGGCAUCUGGAAGAGAGAAACAUAAGGAAGCUAAAGUAAAGAAAAUGACAGCACCACCAAAAGCCAAAGCCAAGGAGGAGACAGCACUGAUGCUUCAAGAAAAGUCAGAAAAGAAAGAUCAAUAUGCAUUCUGUCGCUAUAUGAUUGACAUGUUUGCACACGGGGAUUUUUAUACAGGACCAGCUCCUCACCUCUUCUUACCACAGACUCCAGGAAUGACCCCUGCCAUGCCAGCUGCUGAAGGCAAGUUCAAUUUUCCUUCCUCAAAGAUUCACAGAUAGAUUCCAGUGGGGAUACUCCUAAGCCCUGCUUGUACUGAAGUCAACUUUAUAACUUUCAUUUUACUGUAUCAGACUAGGCUCAAAUCAUAUGAGUAGGAAG